UGAAUGGUGGAGCAUUGACAAGACGUUGACAGACAGAUAGCUGGCAGUAGAAUCCAUCUGAAAUCAAUUCCUUCCUGGCCCUAAAAAAUAUCGAAUUAAGAAUUCUCUCUAACUUCUGUCUUCCUUUCCUGCAACAGCAUCCACAGGACCCAAAAAAGACUACUGGUGCAACGCAACUGCGUUGAUACCGAGGAAUUGCGAUUUGUGAUCGGCGAAGAGGGUGCGACGGUGGGGAGUAGCUGAAAUUUCGCUGAAGUCUGGAAAGGUUCGUCUUGGACCUGCCAAGUGAAACAUGUCCAGAGUCUUCUCCACCAGCCUCCGUUGCCGGUUGCCCGUCCUGCUCUUCGUCUUUCAAGGCGUCCUCCUCUUCAUCUUUGUGCUGUUCUCAACGUACGACCGACACACGGAUGCUGCCGGCCAGCCUGCCGACGUUGACCCAGCUGGCAACCAGCUCUACGUCUUCUUCUCUCUUUUCCAAGACAUUCAGUUGAUGUUGUUGGUGGGCCUCGGGUUGCUGCUGGCGUUUAUGAAAGGCUACGGUGUCAGUGCCGUGGCCUACAACUUCCUCUUGUCCAACUUCUGCAUGCAGUGGGCCCUGAUUGUGCAAGGGUUUCUCUACCACUACCACGAGGGAAAGAUCCAUCUAGGCCUCUAUAACCUCCUGACUGCUGAGUUUGCCACCGUGACUGUUCUCAUCUCCGCAGGCGCCAUCUUGGGCCGAACGAGUCCCAUCCAGCUUCUCCUCAUGGGCUUCUGUGAGGUGCCCCUCUACGUGGCUUCUGAGUGGUUAGUUUUAAGCUACUUCCGAGCGGUCGACAUUGGAGGAAGUGUAACCGUCCAUGUCUUUUCUUGCUAUUUUGGCCUGGGGGCCUCCAUAGCUUUGUAUCGGUCAGGACUCCAGACUGGACACCCCAAGGAGACUCCUUCUUACAUCUCUGAUCUUCUCUCCUUGGUGGGCGCCAUAUUCCUUUGGGUCUUUUGGCCCAGUUUUGUUUCUGUUCUUGUCCAUCCGGGCGACGGCCAGCAUAGGGCUGUGCUACACACCUGGAUUACCCUCAGUGCUAGCGUCUUGACCACGUUUGCCAUCUCCAGCCUCUUGGAGAAGAAGGGCAAAGUCAGCCUGGGCCACCUGCAGAAUGCCACCUUGGCUGGAGGUGUGGCCAUUGGCACAGUAGCCGACAUGGCCAUUAAUCCAGGUGGGGCUUUUCUUUUGGGGAUCCUGUCAUCCGUGGCCUGCAUCCUUGGCUUCAAAUAUAUGACCCCCUUCUUGGCUAACAAACUCCAUAUUCAAGACCAGUGUGGGAUCCACAACCUUCACGGUCUUCCGGGCAUCAUUGGAGCCGUCGCUGGGAUCGCGGCCAUUUUGUUAGUCCCAGAUGAAGCCUAUGGCCACCAGCUUUACCACGUCUUCCCCGCGAGGAGUCCACUGUUACAAAAUGCCACCGUGGAGACCACGUUCAUUGGAGAAACCUUGGGAAGGAGUGCUUCACAUCAGGCUGUUUUUCAAGCUGUAGGCCUCGGCGUCUCGAUCAUCGUGUCCCUCGUCGGAGGUUACCUCACGGGGUUGCUUUUAAAACUCCCCUUCUUGGCCCAGCCCCCUGACCAAUUCUGCUUUGAUGAUGGGCUUUAUUUUCAAAUCCAGAAGCCCCUUGAGACCUUGAGUGAGGAGCGUGGGGAGGGAAUAGGGAUUUUGAGUACUGAGCAUAAAAAGGACGGGGAGAAUUCUUUACGGCAUCUUAAAUUCUUUGGGAAAAAGAAAAUGGGACAGAAAUAA